AUGAGAGGAGCUCUCUCCUCUCUCCUAGCUUUGUCAAUCUGGCUAGGUGAACGUCUUCUGCAGAUCUUCUAUGCUUGCUUCGCCGCCAGUCUGGAAAAUCAGGUGACCUCCUGGAGUCGAUCCAAGUAUGCGGCAACGGAAAUUGGCCGCAGCAAAAUGGGGGCGGUACGCCCCAGGAACGGCGAUGUAGCGAUUGGUCGAUCCCCGGCUGGGACUUCGACUGGAGAUGAUGCUUAUGAUCAAUCCCCAACGGGGACCUUGAUUCGAUCUGGUAGGCAACUGCCUAAACGCAAGAGUUACACCCUGAGAGAGGAUUUGGAAUCCUCUCCGGACAAGAGGGUGAAAAGACCCAGAGUUCGUUCGUCGAGGGGCUGGAUUUUCUGGCUUCCCUCUCCAGCCGAAAUGGAAGGCGAUGAAUCGCUGUUAACCACGGAGGGAGUGAAAAAUUACGCUUUAUCGUGCUCUGAAAUGGCUGCUGUUAAUCAGUUGGAGCAAAUAAUCAAAAAUGGUCCUUGGAAGAGGAUGGAAUCCCAAACGCCGGCGGAAGCUUGGUCGGCGAAGACGGAAGUGAGGUGGUAUACCCGUGGCACGGCCGGUAGGUUCCUGUUUCCGGAUCCGCGUUGGGUCGGAUACCAAUCCCGGGGGAGUCGGGCUGCGCGCUCCCUGGCGGUUAGAAAGCAAAAAAAUCCCGAACUUCUUGGGUGGUUGGGUUACAAUCGAAUUCGCCGGAGUAGGAUUCUCACGAAUCUCUCUGAAGGCGGGACUCCCACUUCUAAUCAAACUUGA